AUGGCAAACGCGAAACAACGCAACAACUUGCAAAACGCUAUUUGCCUUUCGCAUCAUGUCAAUGCGAGGUCGAAAGCUCGACAGCCGAGCCCUCUGAAGGAUAUCAUUCACUUCAUGUCUCAGGAGGGAAUGAUCAGCUUCGCUGGAGGCCUCCCGCAUCCGUCGUUGUUUCCAAUCCACAGAGCAAAUUUUGUGGUUUCGAAUGUGUCUGCUGGCCGUGCUCUAGAAUCUAACGACGAAAGCGUUCUUGAACUGUCGAGUACGGCAGGCUCGCCGACUCUAGUCAACUUCCUUCAGUACGGCAAUGGUACAGGAAACCCGCAGUUGCGCCAAUGGUGCUUGGAUUUUACCCUGCAGAUCCACCAACCGCCAUAUAACGACGUUGAGGUUCUCCUGCACCCGGGAAACACAAAUGCAUGGAGCAAGGUAGUUGGGCUGCUAUGUGAAGAAGGGGAUCACAUCCUCUGCGAGAGCUUCACGUACCCGUCGGCUCAAGCUCUGUGGAUUCCUUUGGGAAAUUUCGCUGCGCCGAUUCCGAUGGACGAUCAAGGCAUCCGGCCCGAUGCGCUUGACCAAAUGCUCGCUAAUUGGAAUGCGACACAUCCAGGAGUACGGCGCCCACAUGUGCUUUACCUUGUAGGCGUGGGCUCCAACCCUUGCGGUACUACAAUGCGUGAGGACAGAAAACGGAUGAUCUAUUCGAUUUGUUCGAAGUAUGAUAUCAUAAUUGUUGAGGAUGACCCAUACUAUUUUAUACAAUACUCUACAUAUGGGGCCGGUAACGGCGCAUCAUAUGAACUCCAACCAAAUGAUGCCUUCAAGGAGACUCUCGCCCCGUCUUUCCUUCGUUACGACUAUCAGGGCCGAGUGAUCCGUCUCGAGUCGUUCAGCAAAAGCCUCGCACCAGGUUUGCGGCUGGGAUAUUUCGUAGCGAAUUCUUCUUUUACGGAGCGCCUACUGCGGGCGACAGAGGUCGAAACACAGGACCCCGCAGGCCUAUCACAAGCAGUGGUCUUAUCAAUCCUGCGCCAGUGGACGGUCGAUGGUUACCUUACCUGGCUACAGAACCUGAGCAAUCAGUACCAAAUGCGACGCGAUUGGAUGAUAAGCGCCUUCGCAAAGAAUUUCGGACUCUUGCCCGCGUCUGAAUUCCCUGAUCUCAAUGCGGACGGACUCGUGGCAGCAAUAAAAACAGGAUCUGGCUCGAUCCCGAUCUUUAGUUUUGUGCCUCCUGUGGGAGGGAUGUUCAUCUGGGCGAUGUUUCAUUUCUCUGCUAACCCGCGAUACAAGGAACUCCGGAACAAUAGCAAAAUCGAAGACCCCGAACAGACCUUUGCGAAGGAGCUCUGGAUGAGGUUUGCGGAGAACUUGGUCCUUCUGACUCCAGGGUCUUACUAUCACCCGUGGCAAGGCGCGGAUAAGGCCAGCACCCAAGCUCGCGGAGCAGAACCUGAAACGUCACAUUUCAGGUUCUCCUUUGCCAUGGUGACGAGAGAUGACAUAGAGUUAGGUGUCGCUAGGAUGGCAGAAGUUAACCGUGUCGCGAUCGACUUCCAAUUUGUGUGUUCCUUGGACUGGCGAGCAGAGACAUUCUUUCAGUAG